UGUGGCCUCUUUCAGAUCUCCGCCUGCACCAUGUAUGCUCCAAAGGUCUGGCUUGCUACUGUUGCUCUUGUUUUCCUGAUCCCUGUGACCUUCUCAGCUGAUGAUGCGGCACUGAGGAAACAACUCAGCGAAGUUGUGAACAUACACCUUGUCGACAAUGUCACUGAAAUCCUGAACUGGCAAAACAUAGUACGUAGAUCAGGUAUCCGUUACAAGCGAGACUGUGAUGAAGUGUUCCAGGAUGGCGAAAGAAAAAGUGGCCUUUAUAUAAUAGAACCUGAACAUUCCCGCAAACUUGUGGUCCAGUGCCAUAUGGAUGGAUGCAACGGGUGGACAAUCAUCCAGCAGAACACCUACAACACUGAGAUCACCUGGUCAGAGACCUGGACAACCUACAAAUAUGGAUUUGGCAACUUGGAGGAAGACCACUGGCUGGGCAAUGAGUACAUUAGGCUCAUUACUGAACAAAAAUGGUACAAAGUCAGAAUAAAUUUAGUUGAUGCAGACAACAACCACAGAUACGCAGAAUAUGACAGCUUUGUUCUCCAAGAUGAGAACCAUGGUUAUGCAGUGAAGUUAGGGACCUAUGAGGGCAAUGCAGGUGACUCUCUCAGUUCUUCCCAGCUGAAAAACAUGCAUGACAACAUGAAGUUCUCUUGUAAAGAUAAGGACAAUGACAGAACUACCUUACAAAAUUGUGCAGAUGCUAAUGGAGGGGGCUGGUGGUAUGACAGCUGCCAGAACGCAUUGUUAAAUCGCAAAGGUGGUCUUCACUGGACCACAUUGUGUCAUGAGAACUGUAAGAAAUCAGUGAUGAUGCUGAAGCCCAUCCACAUGCAUUGCUACAGGGUUUAGACUGUGUGUGGGCUCUAGUGUCAUGAACAGAUGCAAUGCUGAAUCAGGGGAAAAGCAGUGAA